AUGUUCCCAUGGGCUCGUUACUGGAAUAGGAAGCAUAGGAAGCAUAGGAAGCAUAGGAAGGUCUUGUACCUACAUUUGCACAUCAGUCAUCUGCCUGGUCCUGCGGGAAAGCGUGCAGGGGGCCAAGGCAUCUGCAUGUCAACAAUGAAGAAAUGGAAGGGCACAGGACUUGACGGCCUUGGUCAUGGAGGUGGGGGGUGCGGAGGUCGGUUGUCGCCAUCACUGCAGUGGGAGAGGGUGGUGGGUGUCACACGCAAAGUACUGCUGAGCGAGCGAGCCUGUCACUCCCAAGUCAAGUCGGCUGUACGGUACGGCGAUGGUGGCACCCUGCGGCCGAAGUCUUUGGCGGUAGUGGUGGUGGUGGUGGUGGUGCUGCUGCUGCAGAGCAUCGAGGAACGCUGCAGGCUGCAGGCUGAACGGUGCGAGGCAGAGCAGAGAGAAGAGGGACAGCAGGAGAAGAAGAAGAAGAAGAAGAAGAAGAAGAAGAAGAAGAAGAAGAAAAAUCUCUCGGGCAGCAAGUGA